AUGCUGGUGCCGCUGUUGCUGCAGUACCUCGAGACCCUGUCAGGACUGGUGGACAGUAACCUCAACUGUGGGCCUGUGCUCACCUGGAUGGAGCUGGACAAUCACGGCCGGCGACUACUCCUCAGUGAGGAAGCCUCACUCAAUAUCCCUGCAGUGGCCGCUGCCCACGUGGUCAAACGGUACACAGCCCAGGCACCAGAUGAGCUGUCCUUCGAGGUGGGAGACAUCGUCUCGGUGAUUGACAUGCCACCCACAGAGGAUCGGAGCUGGUGGCGGGGCAAGCGAGGCUUCCAGGUUGGUUUCUUUCCCAGUGAGUGUGUGGAACUGUUCACGGAGCGACCAGGUCCUGGGCUGAAAGCAGAUGCUGACGGCCCCCCAUGUAGCAUCCCAAUUCCGCAGGGUGUCUCCUCUCUGACCUCAGCUGUGCCCCGGCCACGUGGGAAGCUGGCUGGCCUCCUCCGUACUUUCAUGCGUUCCCGCCCUUCCCGACAACGACUGCGCCAGCGAGGAAUCCUGCGGCAGAGGGUGUUCGGCUGUGACCUCGGAGAGCACCUUAGCAACUCAGGCCAGGACGUGCCCCAGGUGCUGCGCUGCUGCUCAGAGUUCAUCGAGGCCCACGGGGUGGUAGACGGAAUCUACCGGCUCUCAGGCGUGUCCUCCAACAUCCAGAGGCUGCGGCAUGAGUUUGACAGCGAGAGGAUCCCUGAACUAUCUGGCCCUGCCUUCCUGCAGGACAUCCACAGCGUGUCCUCCCUCUGCAAGCUUUACUUCCGAGAGCUGCCCAACCCCUUGCUCACCUACCAGCUCUACGGGAAAUUCAGUGAGGCCAUGUCAGUGCCGAGGGAGGAAGAGCGCAUGGUGCGGGUCCAUGACGUCAUCCAGCAGCUGCCCCCACCGCACUACAGAACCCUGGAAUACCUGCUGAGACACUUGGCCCGCAUGGCGAGACACAGCGCCAACACCAGCAUGCACGCCCGCAACCUGGCCAUCGUCUGGGCUCCCAAUCUGCUGCGGUCCAUGGAGCUGGAGUCUGUGGGACUGGGUGGAGCUGCAGCCUUCCGGGAAGUUCGGGUGCAGUCAGUGGUGGUGGAAUUCUUGCUCACCCAUGUAGAUGUCCUGUUCAGCGACACCUUUGCCUCUGCUGGACUCGACCCUGCAGGCCGCUGCCUCCUCCCCAGACCCAAGUCUCUCGCAGGCAGUGGUCCCUCUACUCGCCUGCUGACACUGGAAGAAGCCCAGGCCCGCACACAGGGCCGGCUGAGGACAUCCACCGAUCCCACCACCCCCAAGGCCCCAGCGUCACCUGUGGAUAAGAGGAAAAGGGAAAGAGGAGAGAAACAGCGGAAGCCUGGGGUCAGCAGCUGGAAGACCUUCUUUGCGCUGGGUCGGGGCCCUGGCGUCCCCCGAAUGAGGCCUCUGCCCUGGCUGGGGAGCACACGUGCCCCAUCGCAGCCGUCAGGUAGCCGAACUGACACAGUCACACUGAGAUCUGCCAAGAGUGAGGAGUCUCUGUCAUCGCAGGCCAGCGGGGCUGGCUUCCAGAGGCUGCACAGGCUUCGAAGACCCCACUCGAGCAGUGAUGCUUUCCCUGUGGGCCCGGCACCUGCUGGUUCCUGCGAGAGCCUGUCUUCCUCCUCCUCCUCCUCCUCCGAGUCAUCCUCUUCCUCCUCCUCCGAGUCCUCAGCAGCUGGACUGGGCGCCCCCUCCAGGUCCCCUUCACACCGCACCUCUGCCUGGCUAGACGAUGGUGAUGAGCUGGACUUCAGUCCACCCCGCUGCCUGGAGGGGCUCCGGGGGCUUGACUUUGAUCCCCUCACCUUUCGCUGCAGCAGCCCCACCCCAGGGGACCCUGCACCUCCAGCCAGCCCUGCACCCCCGGCCCCUGCCUCUGCCUUCCCACCCAGGGCAACCCCCCAGGCGCUCUCACCCCGUGGGCCCGCCAGCCCUGCCUUGCCCACUGCCCUGGACAUCUCAGAGCCCCUGGCUGUAUCAGUGCCACCUGCUGUGCUAGAGCUCCUAGGGGCUGGGGGGACAUCUGCCUCAGUGACCCCAUCGCCACCACUACCAUCAGCCCUCAGCCCUGGGCCGGGCCUGCGCCCUCAUCUCAUUCCCAUGCUGCUCCGUGGAGCUGAGACCCAGCUGAGCGACACUUGCCAGCGGGAGAUCUGCAGCAAGCUGGCACUUCCUGGUCCCCGAGGGCCCCAGAGCCAGCAUGGUAUGGAUUCUCCACUGCUGCCCCCACCCCUGUCCCUCCUGCGUCCUGGAGGUGCCCCACCCCCACCCCCCAAGAACCCAGCACGCCUCAUGGCCCUGGCCCUGGCUGAGCGGGCUCAGCAGGUGGCCCAGAAACAGAGCCAACAGGAGCAUGGGGGCACUGCCCCUGCUCCCCGCUCCCCUUUCCGCCGCUCACUAUCCCUGGAGGUGGGAGGGGAGCCCCCCGGGACCUCAGGGAGUGGGCCACCCCCCAACCCCCUAGCUCACCUGGGGGCUUGGGCCCCGGGACCCCCACCACACCUACCAAGGCAACAAAGUGAUGGGAGCCUGGUGAGGAAUCAGCAGCCCACAGGGGCCUCAAGGAAGGGACUCAGAGGCCCUGCCCAGGUUCCUACCCCCAGCUUCUUCUCACCAGCCCCCCGGGAGUGCCUGCCACCCUUGCUCAGGGUCCCCAAGCCAAGCUUGUACCCCCUGGGCCCUCCAUCCUUCCAGCCCAGCUCCCCAACUCCUGUCUGGAGAAGCCCCUUGGGACCCCCUGCACCCCUCGACAGGGGAGAGAAUCUGUAUUAUGAGAUUGGGGGUGGUGAGGGGCCCCCCUACUCCGCCCCUACCCGGUCCUGGAGCCCUUUCCGCUCUAUGCCCCCCGAUAGGCUCAAUGCCUCAUAUGGCAUGCUUGGCCAAUCACCACCACUCCAUAGGUCCCCCGACUUCGUGCUUAGUUACCCGCCACCUCCCUCAUGCUUCCCCACUGACCACCUUGGCUACUUAGCACCCCAGCAUCCUGCCCGGCGCCCCAUUAGGCCUGAGCCCCUCUAUGUCAACCUAGCUCUAGGGCCCAGGAGGCCCUCACCUGCCUCCUCCUGCUCCUCCUCCCCUCCUGCCCACCCCCGGAGCCGCUCAGAUCCUGGGCCUCCAGCUCCCCGCCUCCCCCAGAAACAGCGGGCACCCUGGUGCCCCCGUACUCCUCAUAGGGUGCCUGGGCCCUGGGUCCCACCUGAACCUCUCCUGCUCUACAGGGCAGCCCCCCCAGCCUAUGGGAGGGGGAGUAUACACUACCGAGGGUCUUUGUAUAGGAAUGGGGGUCAAGGAGGGGAGGGGGCUGGUCCCCCACCCCCGUACCCCACUCCCAGCUGGUCCCUCCACUCUGAGGGCCAGACCCGAAGCUACUGCUGA